AUGCCUGACCCAAUCCUCCGAACAAAACCCACAUUGCUCGUCGAAGCGGACGCCCUCGCCACCCUGGCACACCAGCUUCUUCCCCUUACGAAUUAUGCUCACCUCAUUAUCCCUGACUCCUGGGAGCUCCGUGGUGAACACGACAGGCCGGUCACUCGAGCGACGGCCCCAUGGCUGGGUUCAGUGUAUGGUCGACGUGACUGGCCCAAGGCACAAGCCAAGAAACCCGACACCCGCCGCCGGACCGUCCAGCCACUCCGCCUCCCCACGGGGGACAUCUCGGUCCUUCCAAAAGCCUGCCUCCCAGACCAAGACAUUUACAUUCCUGGACACUGCACGGCUAUUGCGCACCUCCUGCCAGGAUUCAAACGUCCUCAAUGGAAAACCCGCGGCGGAAACCCCUCCCCCAACACGAGUACGUGCAUGAUCCCCCUUACCCCGCAACGCUGCGUCCAUGCCAUCCACAUGCAAUGCCUACUUGGAUCCCCCCGACCAGUAUCCCUCAUGCUCGCCGCCUCCCAGCUAUCCUCGGAAUCUCACCAGUGCCCGAAGCCGGGCUCCAAACUACCGUGGUGGCUCUACCAAACUGCGCUCCACCCCCCUACUUGCACCAUGCCACUUCUGGAUUGUGGCCCCUCACACUGCCUCCACUGGGCCCAAACCUCCACCCCCGUCUACGACCAAUAUGCCCUCGACGCUCGCCCAUACCUUACGGCUACGAUUCCCGCCAUCUACCAGGCUACCUCAGGCUGA